GACUCUAGAAAAAAGACUGAGUAGCUCUUGUCUGGCUGAACGAAAUUGCCCGAGAGACGAUAUGGAGUCAUCGAUUUCUCAUUCCGGUGCACGAUGGAGGCCAAGCAUUAAGAUCUCCCAUAGCGUCUGUGCUUCCCUUCCUCGAGAUCCAGAGGCAUUAGCUUAGUCUGGACUACCUACUUGCAAUUGGCUGGCUGGAAGCGUAAGAAACGGAGAGUAACCCUCCAUCCAUACGAGUUGCUCUCCUAAACCAUGGUGACAAUGGCCCGUUCCCGUUUCCAUCCUGGAUAGGAGUCUUCUAGAUCAUGUGAGGAAAACGCGGCCGAUAACUAAAGGGUAUCUUCGAUUUUACGGUCAAAACUACUGACUUUAUACAUUCCUAAUCCUUACACGGGCUUUGGUGUCGUUAAUUGGCUAGUGGGGUUUUGACUACUAAAGCUUAGGUGGAUUUGAUAUCCUCCCCUCGAAAUGGCCUUGAAGCACGCCCUCCGCACUCUCAAUUGCUUGUAACUCGUCUGGGCUAUCUCCUUGUCAAUCCCAAGUAAAAUGUGGAUAUCCCCAUGGAUCAAGUGUGCAUUGAACCAACUUCCGCGGUAUCAAAAGGCGAAAUAAGAUUCUCAUUCUAUUUUCAAGCCGCUUGAAUUCCUAGAUCGUCAUGCCAAAUCUUCGAUUUCCCCGAGUUUUUGGAGCCUCCAUACUCCUAAUAUCACGCUACCCCGCAAAAAAUAAGAUGCCUUGCUUGGUCGGCAAAAUAUUGUGAAAUGGCCGAGAUGGCAUAUGCUCGUGGGCCGUACAAAAGUAACCUGUUCCCCAGGUUCGAAUACACAUUGGUCAUUGCAGAGACGUCUUAUACCCGAGCAUCUGCAAGUGUCCGGGAAGAUAGUGUUAAGUUGAAACGAUGGACACCAAAUCCGCCAGCGUUGAAGAAGUUGAGAAUCCCUCUCUGGAGCGGCCCAGGGAGAAGAAUGUGGAAUCUAGCCUUGAGCAAACGUAUAUCCAUGCUGGAUUGACUCCUGAAGUGGCUUCUUUUCUCGCAAACUUCUCCGAGGAGCGAAGAAAGAAAUGCAUUCGCAAAAUCGAUUGGCAUCUAUGUCCCAUGCUCAUGGUGUUAUACCUUUGUGCAUACAUCGACCGCGCCAAUAUUGGGAAUGCGAAGAUCGAGGGGCUGUUAACUGACUUGAAGUUAAGCGGUACUCAAUACAGCUUUGCAGUGUCAAUAUUCUUUCUUCCCUAUGUGAUUUGUGAGGUUCCUAGUAAUGUUCUCCUUUCGAGGUUCAAACGGCCCUCCACCUACAUUGGCAUUAUUACCGUCGGCUGGGGCAUUGCUAUGACCUUAACGGGCGUUGUCAACAAUUUCGGAGGGCUGGUCGCAACGCGCCUUGCCGUUGGAAUAUUUGAUGCGCUGUCAGGCGCGUUUUCAGGUCUUCUAGCCUUUGCCAUUGCAAAAAUGCGAGGUAUUGGAGGCUACAAUGGCUGGAGAUGGAUUUUCAUCAUCGAGGGCCUGGCUUCUAUUGCACUGAGUGCUUUCGCCUUCUUCGCUUUGGUGGAUUCUCCGGCCCUCUCUAAGCGCUGGUUAGAACCAGAUGAGAUUAGAUAUCUUGAGCUUCGUCAGCGUGCUCAAAGAGGUCGUGUUGUUGUCGACGAGGAUCCCGGCAAGUUCGAUUGGAGUACCCUAUGGCAGGUUGUAACUGACUGGCAACUCUAUCUGCAAAUCAUAAAUUUCUGGGGUAACGCCGUGCCAAACUACGGGCUGAAGUUUACCAUGCCUCAGAUCAUCAAGAAUAUGGGAUACAGCUCAGCCAAAGCCCAGUCACUCACAGUUCCGCCAUACAUGCUCGGCGGCUUGGUCACCUACGUAUCUUCCCUUCUCUCCGAUCGGUGUAAAUGGCGUUUCCCGUUCAUUAUUUUCGGCUAGUUUGUGUUGUCAUCGCUUUCGCCAUCCUCUUCUCGAAGGCGGAAAAUUUCAAAGACAACGUGGCUGCGUGUUAUUUUGCGAUUAUGUUCGCGUGUGUUGGCUUUUAUCCGAUCACUCCUGGCAUAAACGCUUGGACAGUCAAUAACCUCGCAGGCGCAAGAAAGAGGGCCAUGGGCAUCGCAUAUAUGAUCUCCAUUGGCAACUUGGGUGGUAUUCCCGGUUCUUUCAUCUACAUCGAGAAAGAGAAGCCAAAAUACCCAACCGGCUUUGGAUCAUCAUUUGCUUUCGCGUGUGCAGGAAUUGUGGCCACUAUCACAUUGGAGUUGGCUUAUAUCAGGAUUAAUAGGCGCAAGACGAAGAUGACGCUAGAGGAAAUACACUGAUGAGGAACUGCAAAGGGUGACCGUUCGCCAUUGUUCAAGUAUAUGCUAUGAUUGGUCUAUCAUGUGCAGUAUUCCAACCUCGAUGCCUUCGAAUAUGGCGAAUGGGGUCGA